AUGCGCUGCGCGGCCUGCGGAAGGACGGCAAAGACGCAGUGCGGGCGAUGUAAGAAAGAAGCUUAUUGUGACAGGGACUGCCAGGCGCAGCACUGGAAAGUCCACAAGGCUGUCUGCAAACCGCCGAGGCGCCCAGAGGUCCCCCUCUGCGGCGAGGGCUUCCGUGCUUGGCUCGCACGGUCCAACUGGCAGCAGGGCUCCGGCUGCCUCGAGGAGCCUGGCGUGGGCAUCACCAACUGGAGCAACAACUGCUACCUCAGUGCCGUCUCCCAGUGCCUGCUGCAAACACCGAUGCUUCGACACCACUUGCGGGAAACCUGUUUGGAGCCUCCCGAGGAUCCUUGGCUUGCCGAGCUCCUUGGGCUCUGUCGCCUCAUCGACGGAGCCAAGCGCAAAGGAGCACGUUACGUCGACCUUCCACGCCGCCUUACAAGGCUCAUCACAGAAGCAUCUGAGGAGUUCGCCUUUGGCCGGCAAGCUGAUGCUCACGAAGCUUUGAUGCUGCUUAUCUCGCGCUGGCUUGCCGGCUGCGUAAAGGUGGGCGAUGGAUCGGGAGCUGACUGUUCGAAGCUCGGGUAUUCCGAGAAGGAGCAGCUUGAGGCAAGCAGCAUGAUUGGCCAUGUCUUUGGCAUGCUCAUGGGUUCCAGAGUGGCGUGCAAAUCUUGCACCUAUGAGUCUUUGGUGACCCGGGUCGAGUAUUGCUUGUGCCUCACGGUCACUCUGGGCAUGACGGACGAAGAGCUGCAGAAGUGCCGACAGGAGAGCGCUCAGCAGCUGAAUCGUUGGUGCCUCCGUCGGCCGCUGCAAGGUCCCCGGUCAGACUCUUCUGCAAGCCCGACGUCCCUGUCAAAGCUGCUAGACGAGUACACCAAAGAGGAGGACAUAGCUGACUUCAAAUGCGAGAAGUGUAAGAAGCGAGGUGCGAGCCGUACCUCCUUCGUGCGCCGAAGGCCCAAUGCCUUGGUGGUCUACAUUGACCGCCGGCAGGACACGAAUUUAUUCGGGAAGAUCAAUAGAAGGCGGGGAUUCCUUAAGUCUUGGUGA